AUGGAUAGAGCCAAAAAAGUCGUUAACGAAAAACACGAAAAUAUAUUAUAUGAACUUUCAAAACAACCAGGAAAUGAUACUUGCGCGGAUUGUGGCGCGAAAGGACCACGAUGGGCAUCAUAUAAUCUAGGCAUUUUCCUGUGUAUUCGCUGUUGUGGAUUUCACAGGAAAAUGGGAACCCACAUCUCAAAAGUGAAAUCAAUAACUUUAGAUUCUUGGACUUCAGAACAGAUAGAGUCUAUGCGACAAUGGGGAAAUUUGAAAGCCAAUGCAAAAUGGAAUCCUCGUCCCGAACUUCAUCCCAUAACAUUGAGUGCAUCGGAUGGUGAAAUAGAAAGAUAUAUACGCAAUAAAUACGAACGACGUGCUUUUCAGAGCACUCCUAAGUCAAAACCAAAUGCAUCAAUAACAGUAAAACAAACAGAAAAUUCUACAAAAGGUUCAGAUCGAGGAAAUUAUGAUCAUACACUUCGUCAACUUAAGGAAAUGGGAUUUACCGACAUGAGUCGUAAUCGUGAAGUAUUAAAUACAACAAAUGGUGAUCUUCAUGCAGCCGUUGAAAUUUUAUGUCGUUUACCUGGUGGAAAUAAUUCAAAACUUAAUUCCAAUACAUCAUCUAAUAAUACAUCAUCUAAUAUAUCUAAUGAUGAAAAAUUGAUACAUUUGAGAAAAUUGGGAUAUCUUGAUGAUUUAAAAAAUCGAGAUGCUCUUCAACGAACUGGUGGUAAUUUAAAAGUAGCCAUUACAUUAUUAUCAGAAAGUAAAUCUUCCGCAUCGAAUGAUGAUGAUAUUCUUAGAUUGAGUUCACCCAAUAAUUCUCAUAAUUCUCAUCAAACACGAACUUCUGGCCAAAAAGAUCUUUCCGAUAUUUUUUUCGGUGAAACAACCCAAGAAUCAACUAAUUUGCAACAACAACAACAAAAAGCCAAAUUUGACAAAAAUGCAAUCAUGUCUCUAUAUAACGCACCACAACAAUCGAUAACAGUCAAUAAUAAUAUGAACAUGCAUUCCCAAUUUGUUACCUUAGGUUCCGGGAUUGUUGGAAUGAACUCAAUGGGAACUUUGAAUUCUCACCCUUUGAACAAUAUGAACAAUAUGAACAAUGCUCAAUUAACAUUUUCUAAUACAACUUCAAUGAUGCCUAAUGUUAAGAUGGAACAACAAAAAAUGAUGUUUGGCCUUCAACAUACCGAUAAUUAUUCCAAUGGUCAGCAAAAUAAAGGUUUUCAACAAAGUUCACUCUUGUGA